CUAGCUUAUAGGCAGAGAGAGGGAAAAGACUGCAGAGAAUAGCACAAAGUAGAGGGAAGCAAGAGCACUGAAACACUGUUAGAAAAUAUUUCACAAUCCAGGAUUGGACAAGAAAGUCAUGAUGAAGCUGUUCUGCCUGUUGCUGCUGCUAGCUACGUCGGCUACUGUUGUCCCUCUGGAAUCCUCAGGUAGAGAAGAGUACCCCACCGUGCCCUCGCAGGCCUCUACCACAGCACCAAGCCCAACCGAGGGAAAGUCUCGCUUCGCCAUGCUGGAUGAUGUUCGUCUACUUGCAAACGGUCUCCUUCAGCUAGGCCAGAGUUUAAGGGAGUUUGUCCAUAAGACCAAAGCCCAAAUCAAUGACAUCUUCCAGAAGCUGAAUAUUUUUGACCGUUCUUUUUACCAGCUCUCAGUAGUCACAUCAGAGAUCAAAGAGGAAGAGGAGGAGCUGAAGAAAACCACCAAUUUCUUGAAGGCCAACAAUGAGGAGAUCAAGAACCUGUCGCUAGAAAUCAACUCCAAGAUCAACAACAUCCUGCAGGAGCGUACACAGCUGCAGAGCAAAGUGGGGAGCCUCGAGGAGAGGCUGAAGGGACUGUCGGAGACCAUGGUCCCUGUUGACCAGCUCACUGAAAUCACAACGCUAAAGGAAGUGAUUGAAGCGCAAGAGAAAACAAUUACCAAUCUGCUGAAUGCUGUGAGGGAGCAGCAUGAUCAGCUCGACAACCAGAAAAUGAAGAUAAAAAAUCUGGAGGAAAAGAUAAGCAUUGACAGUUUUCAAGAUACAGUCGAUAAGCCAAUGGAUUCAAACUCUGCAGCUUCUGAUAUGUUCGAAUAUCUGACAGGAAACUCAACUGGCCUGGAAACAAAUGAGCUCGCCAAGGACUGUAGUGACUUGUUUAACAAAGGAGAGACAAACAGUGGAAUCUAUGUUAUCAAGCCAAACCAAUCGGAGCCAUUCAACGUUUACUGUGAAAUGGAUUCAGAUGGGGGUUCAACUGUCAUCCAACGCAGGGUCGAUGGUUCGGUGGAUUUUGACCAGACAUGGGACAAGUAUGAUAAAGGCUUUGGAAAUCUGGAGAAGGACUUCUGGUUGGGCUUAAAGAAGAUCCACAGCUUUACACAGCAGGGAGUUUACAUCCUGCGUAUUGACUUGGAGGACUGGAAAGAGGAUAAGCACUGGGCUGAGUACCGCUUCUCACUAGAUGGUCCCUCCAAGGACUACACACUUCAUGUCAGUCACUUCUCUGGUGACCUGCCUGAUGCCAUGGCCAACAGCACCAGUAUGAGAUUCUCUACAAAAGACAGAAAUAAUGACAACCAAAGAAACUCCAACUGCGCUCGCAAUUACACAGGUGGCUGGUGGUUCAAUGGCUGUGGAGAGACAAACCUUAAUGCAAGGUAUUUGUGGUUGAGGGCAAAAGGACGCUCCAUGAGAAGGAGGGGCAUUCAUUGGAAGCCCGGCACAGGACCCUCAUAUUCCCUCAAGAUGACCAAGAUCACCAUACGACCAGCUGAAGGCCUUAACUGAACCCCACAAGUCAUACCUUCUCUUACAACACUACUGGCAUUUUUCACAAACACUGAUUCUAACACUCAGCCAACACAUUCCAUAGAUGGGGAAACACAGACAUUUUAUAUGUCUACAACACCAAAUUAUUAGUUUAUCUGCAACAUUAGGCUGACUGCUUCCUCACAUUGUUUUGUCUGAGGUUGGUGCUGGCUCACAGAUAACGAGCCAAAAAUGGCAGAAUAUGCUGAACAGUCAUAAUGAUGCAACCAUGCCACGCAGGUCAUUAGCCUAUUGGGUCAGAUCCAGCCGGGACAGUAGAACUGUCAUUAUGCAACAUUUGCAAUCACUUGCAAAAUGGACAUAUUGAUCCAUCCGUAACCUGAUUCAGUGGCUGCAUAAUGUCAAAGUACUACAGCAGAAAGAUAGAAAACUAUGAGGGAUAUAAUAUAGCAGUUCUAAAACUGAGAUUGCUUGGCUAUCUUUUUAGUGAAUUUAAAUGUAUUUGACAGCUUCUAUGUUAGCUAUUUAUCUUUGUGGUGUAAAACUGUUGCAUGUUUCAAGAAGCUUCAGGCACAAAUACCAACCAAGGUUAUUACAUAAAGCAUGCAAAUUAUAUAAGUCAGGGUUCAACAAAAUCUCAAAGUGUUCAUACUGGUGAAGUGUUGUGAAUGAAGGUCUUGUAAUUUUUGUCCUGUAUUUUACACUGCUUCAAUCCCAGUUUCAUGGGGAAAAAUCUACAAAGUGGGGGCAAUGUCAGCUGUACAAAUACAGACCAAAAUAUUGGAGAUUUAAAGCUUUGGCAGCACACUGAUGAAGUUUUUCCCUUUGAUUGUUCAAUUUUUUUUUUUACUCUGUAAAGUAUUUAAACUACGUUCAUGCUAUUAUCUGAUUUAUGCUGGUAUUGUUAGAAAAACAUAAUUUCUGUGUAUUUCCUGUUAUUGAGUCAUAUUGACUCUUGUCCAUUAAUAGAACAUAACUAACUGUACUGUAAAUGUGCCUCAUACUAACAUGUCAUCCUGACAAGUAGCUACAUGCUCUAACAAAUCAUAUUUAUGAAAACAAAAUAAAAAUCAUGACGAAAUGA